UAUGUGCCCACCUCAAUCGCAAGAUCAUGACCUUCAUUUUGGGCCGCAAGCCUCAAAAGAACGAGUGUUCUGUCAGCGACAUUCUUAAUGUGAUCGAGCAGGCAACAACUAAUCCUAUGACUAGACAUGUGAAUGAAUUCCUGCGAGCUGUAAUGUCAAACCGUUACACAACUAUAAUGACCGUACUGAAUAGGCUAGGCUAUAAUGCAUAUGUGCACCCACAUAACACUGAAGAAUUAAUACAACGUUGUGGGCUGCUGAAUCACAGACCACAGCGUGGGACCCCUGAGUAUUAUGCUUUAAAUAAUUAUGAUUAUCUACACACCAUCAUUAUGAAGGAUGUUCCCGAAACCAUCAGGGAAACCUGUCUCAUACUGCUGAACUGCUUGCAUUAUUUAGCCAGGGAAGAAGGCCAGCCCAUGUUCAUGUGGUAAAGCAAUAUUUCCUCUAUAAACAGCUAGUGCGAGAUUAUAUUUAUUCUUCACACACAAGCUUUGACAGCUAAUCCUUUUCCAUUUUUUUUGUAAAACAACUUUCAAAUGUCGCUACAUAGCUAGUAAAAUGGUUCUUUUUAAUACAUAAACCAACCAAUAAAGUUGUGUUUUUAUUGGCUGAUUUUUUCAAACUAAAGGGACAUUAAGCUACUUAUGUGGCUUCCUUUGGAAGAUUACAUGUACACAAUGAAUGUCUAUUUGAUAAAAGCUUGUGUGUUUGAAGAACAAACAUUUCAUUCUUUACAGUAGAUGUCUUUCACUUGCCCACUCCACAUUUUACAAUGCAGCCUGCUUAAACACCUGGACUACAUCAACAUUCCAUCUGAAGCCAAGUCCAUAAAGCAGCUUCAAAAAUCCUUUGAACCGAAGGUGUUUAUAACAAGAGGAUAAAGCAGCUUCAAAAAUUCUCUGAACAGAAGGUGUUUUGU